ACAGGGCCAAUGGAACACAGUGACAUGCUUGGAAAUAUGCAUUAUGGUGAUAUUAUUAUAGGAAAUUGGGCUGCACAUAAUCGGGUAGUUAAUAUUUUCUGAAAGGAUUUGAAAUCACAUCAAACUGUUGGAUAAGGCUCACUGGCAUCUCAGGAUGCAAAAGCUGGUGUUUCCCUCAAACCAGCGACUCUCCGAGCACAAUAAUAAAGAAUAGAUAAGAGUCCGAGAUGACCUCCCUUUAAAACUGCUUCGUUAGGCACAUUUUCUUCCAAUUUGUGUCUACUGAACCAGACCAGAUGUCGUGACCUUUAAUUUAACUGUAUUCUGGGAACCUUUGCGCUCCCUUAUAUACCCACGAGUAUGAUCUUUCCACCAGCAUAAGUUUUAUGACCCCUGUCGGGGUAGUUUCCUUGUCAAUCAUUGGCUUAUUGGUGAAAUCGUCAGUCAUAAAAAAUAAAUCAAACCUUCAUUAAUGCAAUUGCAGAGAGACUUUAACAAUGGAAGCACAGCAUGCAUGUUUCACAGUAAGUUCUGCAACCAACCAAAGGGCGCAGCUGAUUAUAUACUUUGAUCACUUCCCUGAUGGUGUGAUCAUCUACUUCAGUGUAUGUGUGCAACAAUAAGCUGAGGUAACCUAGGACAGUAGCUUCUCUGAAUUCAUUAGCAUUGACCACUUUACACAAGAUCAAAAUGUCAAAAUUAGACACUUGUUACUUCUAUCUAGUUUCGGUCUGACUCACACCCAGCCUGCAGGUUAAGGGCUUAACCGCAAAGAUGAAAAUAGAUAGCUUGUGCAAGGUAUAGUGUAAGACACAUAGCAACAGUACAAUAGUGAGACAAGCAUAUGAAUCUUAAGGUCCCCUUAAUCAAUAAUGGGGAGGGUCUUUGGGACCCUACACCCCAUAAUCCCUGGGCUGUUGGUGUCCUCACUCAGAGCCAUCUGCCUACAGAUCUCCAUAAAAGAACACACUGCACACCCACACACUCUCUCCACAUUGUUGGCACCGGAAGAUCGUUUGCAUGACUGCAAACAAUAAAAUCCCCGGUCAAAUGUAGGAGAUGCCUAGACAACACUAUCAAUAUUGACUAUUUUCAGAGAGGAGCAAAGCAGCACACAGACAGUCUCUCCUGUUAAAAGCGUAUCGUUUGACCCAUGGCAAACUUCACUACUACAGAAGAUGACUGCUGUGCCUUUGAGUCUCCCAUCCUGGACCAUGUCCUGCCUCCCAUCCUGGUGCUGGAGUUCAUGUUUGGGCUGAUGGGGAAUGUUGUGGCUCUGUGGAUGUUUAUUUUCCACAUGGACACCUGGAAGCCCAACUCUGUCUACCUCGCACAGCUGGCCGUUGCCGACUCCAUCGUCCUGUUCUGGCUUCCAUUCAGAGCCGACUACUACCGACGCGGGGAGCACUGGAUCCAUGGUGAUGCCAUGUGUCGGAUUAUGCUGUUCAUGUUGACGGCCAACCGCGGCGCUGGCAUCUUCUUCCUCACUGCAGUGGCUGUCGACCGUUACCUCAAGAUCGUUCACCCCAUGAACAAGAUCAACCGGAUGGGCCUGAAUUAUGCUCUGUGGGUGUCUCUGGGCCUGUGGGGGAUGAUCAUCGCUGCAACCGGGUACCUGCUGACCAACAAACACUUAUUCUACCGCAACAACCAGACACAGUGCGAGAGCUUCAACAUCUGCAUGGGCUUCAGCCCGCUGUCUACGUGGCACAACACCUUAUACGUGACCCAGUUCUUCUUGCCCACUGCCAUUGUCACCUUCUGCACGGUCUGCAUCACCUGGCAGCUGAAGAACAAGACGAUCGACACCGGGGGCAAGAUCAAACGUGCGGUGCAGUUUGUCAAGGCCGUGACACUCAUCUUCAUAAUUUGCUUCUUUCCCAGUACAGUGUCUCGGAUCGCUGUGUGGAUCCUCAAGGCCUGGUACAACGAGUGCCAUUAUUUCAAAGAGGCCAGUUUGGCGUUCUACACCUCUGUGUGUUUCACCUACUUCAACAGCGUGCUGAACCCCAUCGUGUACUACUUCUCCAGCUCUGCCUUCAGUGGGAACUUCCAGAAGCUGUUCAACAGACUGCUGGGGAGGAAAGAGGAGGAGGUACCGCCAGCCUCACCUGAGACUGGGACAAAGAUCAGCAGUGCAAAUACAGUGUCAGGGAGGAGUAGUGACUUUCAAUCACAGGUCCAGGGUGAGGGCCUGUACUUGCAAAGCGUCUCAGACUUAUUCAUUGUGAUGUAAAAUACAAAACUGAUCCUAGAUCAGCAGUCCUAGGCUUACUCUGAGAUGCUUUUAUGAAAAGGUACCCAGGAGAACACAAUAUCUGAUUUUUCUUCUUCUACUCUAGUGGAAUAUGGUGUGUUCUAAAGAAUAUUAACCACAUGUCAACGAAGUCAAGGAAGUUGGAGAUAGUUGUCUGUUAGAUAUGAAUUUGAACAUUUUUAUGUUUUGUUGAUGUUCUAUAGCUAAAAGUAGAAAUUCAUGAAUUGGUUCGCUCAAUUAAGAAUUUGUUUGCAGUAUAACAGUGGAAUCUAAAUUUCCUAAAGAAAAUGUGUGUGCUUGCUAGCUUGUCUUAAAGUAUUUAUGGUUGUGAAAUAAGUUAUAGUAGUGAUAGUGACUGCAGUAGCAAGGAUAGUGACUGGUUAUAGUUGAAAAAGUAGGCAGAUUUGAUUUGAUUAUUUGAUAGAAUAGGAUAGCCUGAACAUGUGAAGUUGGUUUGGUGUCUCUAUCUUGAACAGUUCAAGAGUUACUAUUAGUGUUGGUGGUUAUUUUAUACUAAUGUUAGUUGUUUUAAUGUUUGUUGCUGAAAUUGUUAAAAAGCAGUAGCUUUUAAAUUGUCUACCACUGUGUUCUUAUGGUUGGCAUUGAAUCCAUGAAGUGUUAUGCUAAUUUAUGCUAAUCAAAAUAGUUCAUAAAGGGUUAUAGGAAAUUUGACGUUAGGAUAGCCUGAAUGUUUUAAAGCUGUUGUAGCUUCAUUGGUUUAGGAGCAGGACCGUUUUGAAUAGCUACCACUGUAUUACUAUGGUUCUCAUUCAAAACCAUGUUAAUUUUUGUAUGUUUUUUAUUGUUAUAGUUCAAAAAGUAUAGAUAGGUGGAAAGAUUGUUUUGUUUGAUAACAUGAUAAAGUUAAUUUAGUGUCUCUAGCUUUAACAGAAAGUUAAUUUAGUGUCUCUAGCUUUAACAGUUCAAGAGUAAAUAUUACUGUUGGUGGGUUAUUUUUUGAUAAUGAAAAAUGAUUUAAAUAGUUAUAAUGUAUAAAGUUUUUUUUUUUUAGUUGUUUCAAUGUUUGUAGCUGAAAUGGUGAAAGAGCAGUAGCAUUUAAAAUGUUUACCAAUGUGUUGUUGUUUGACUUUAAAAACAUUACAGUUUAUGCAAAUGUAUGCAAAUUAAAAUUAAUUAUAUUUGAUAAAAGUUUUAGAGAGCAGUUCUUCCACUGUCGGGAGAAAUGGUAAUGCAUAUUAAGAUGGUUUCUGUGGAGGUUGAAUUGCUAAAAGGCUCAUGGUUCUUGACAUUUUUUGUGCUCUUUGAAACCAGCAACUGACGGUAAAAACAGACUUCUCAAAAGAAGUGGAAACAUUCAUAGCCAAUUGGCACUACAUCAAUAAACAAACAGUUUUGCGGGAGAAAAUAGAAUGUCUACGUUGCACAGUAAUAUUGCUCUCUCACAUAUCUCAUGGUUUAUUUUAGGGAUGAGGAGACUACGGUUCCUUAGUAUAAGGGAGUCAUGAAAUCUGAAGACACGUUACAUUAGCCAAGACACAUUAAAGCAAUCAUAUUCACUGUUUAAAACAUUAACUUCAUCACUGAACAGGUGUGUGAAUCGUCUUUAUUUGCUUUUUUCGUUAUUUCACUGUUAUGUCUGAAUUCGACCCAAAUCCAACUAGGAAGCCUUGGGUGUUGAGGAGCGGUUGGAUGAAACCAAUCCCAUGUCAAGAAUAACUCUCAACCUUGCCAGCCCGCUCUUCAUUUUUAUUCAGUUUGACUUGCCAUAAGUUCUGUGUCUGAACUGUGCAUAAUAAAUCUAUAGUGAUCUUUCCUUCA